GGCCCCCUAAUGACUCCGGCAAUGUUGUCACUCAAGCCAGAGCUCCCCAUGUCGCCCCCAGAUGACGCAGCCUUUCGCAGUGGUACUUCAGGUGGUUUCAGUGAGGACGAUGACCUCCCAGAUGAGCGUUCCCCAACAUCUUCCUCUCAGGAGCUGCUGAGCCCCUGCCCUUCCUCUUACAUGGACGCUGAUGAUUUCGAUGACGUAGAGUCCUGCGACUCGUCCUCCACGGCCACGGCGUCCCAGCUUUCAUCUAGACGCAAGCGGGCACCAAAACCUUCAGCGCGAUCCAGGACCUCGAGCGCGUCAACAACGCUGAAGGCACCAGUGCAGAUCAAGAUGAAAAAGACCCGGCGGCUGAAGGCCAACGACCGCGAGCGAAACCGAAUGCACAAUCUCAACAGCGCCCUGGAUCGCCUUCGCUGCGUCUUGCCGACUUUUCCCGACGACACCAAGCUGACCAAGAUCGAGACGCUUCGGUUCGCGCACAACUAUAUUUGGGCCCUUUCGGAAACGCUCAAGCUGGUCGGGUCCAAGGCGGAAAAGAAGGACACACCGGAGCUGGCUCAAGACGCGACGACGCCGGCACCACCCGCCGCAGCUCACGAGUCGACGACGGUGGCGACGACGCCGAACCCUAUGGCUGCGAAUGGGCCUACGACACCUCGAGGAUAUUAUACACCUCCACUGUCCGUGACCUCGUCUCCGUCGCCCGUUAGGCAGCACACACCCUCAUCAGCGUGUCUAGGGUCGCCCUCGACGCCAUGGAACUUGUCAUCCUGUCCGGGUUCAGUUGCCGUGUCGACGCCGGCUAGUUCUGUGGACUUAUCAGAUUCCUCGUGCUCGGGAUCCGAGUGCGGCUUCACGACUUACGAGGCCUUAUGAGGAACGCCCGCGCCUGACAUCAACACAUAAGAAGGCGCCGCGAGUGGAGACUGCGUGUGAACCUUGUGUGAGACUGAAGCGAACAGUGGGUCGCGAGUAGGUGAAAGAAAAAAAGGGACCAAUUGCGCGAUCGCGCGGACUUACGUGCUCGUGCCAAAUUACCAAAGACCUUUCAACAGUGCUUAUACAAACGACGUGGACAUUGUGGCAAUCAUGCAGAUACGCGAAUAAUUUAAGCCUUCUGUAUUCCGCGCUUUUCCAUAGCAGCAAUAUAUAUUUUUGUAAGGCGAUGUUUACAACUAUGUGACUUACAUACGUGGUGUUUCAAACGAGUGUUCUAAACAUCCUCUUCUAAAAGACUGUGCAGCUG